AUGACUUUCACCGGUCUUCCAACAGCUGCCCUCAGCGCAUGCACGCGCGAUCCUACAUCGUCCCAACCGCAUCGCUUCGGCGAAGUGACCGGAUCGACAUCGUCCCAUGGCAGCAGCGGCCUCGACGAUUACAAGGUCCUGCAGCCCGGCGACUUCGCCAGGAUGAAGGGCCAGCUCAGCUUGCGCUCCAGACCCGCCUCGCGCAUCGAUUGGGUCAUCGAUUCCGACCAAUACAAUGCCAUCGCCGCAUCGCCUGGCGUGCCCAAUCUCCUGCACGACGCAUCACCUCUGCCACCCGACUUUGACCUUGUCCUUCCUGCUCGCCAACACCACCUUCACGAUCAAGCGACAAGCAACCGUGCCACCUUCGGUCCGUGGAGCGAUGAAUCAGAGCACACGCACGAGGGCGCUGCCGCUUGGGCCGAUGCGAAGGAGGACCUUCUUAGCGUCGCUGACGAGGGCUCCGACACUGACGCGGCUCUGCAGACCAACGACACUGCUCUGCAGUCUACCCAGGCCCAGCCCGCUGCGGCACCCCUGAGUGCGGAAGAGGAGACACCCCAGGCAGUCAAGCAAGACACACAUCUGUCCCAACUCAAGAUGGAAGCCGAGGCGGCCUGGGCAAAUUACCGCCCGGGCUUGCGGCCCCUCAUAUCGGAACAUGAGUCGCUGGCUUCUACCUCCAGCACUCCAGGCACGCCUGCUCAGGUCCCUCAGCGAUUGGCCUCGCUGCGCAGAUCCUCGCUCGUCGCUCACGCAGCUCUCGCCAAGCCACAGCAGGGCUCCAACCACAACUAUUCGGCCAGUCACAGCAGUAUUUCGCUGUCGUCUCUAGCGCACGACACUGGCACCCCUUCCAGCCUUCACGCAAAAUUGGAGCCCGAGUACGUUCCUCAUCCUGCAAGGCCUUUCGGACGAGGCUCGCUAGGCUCGAUUCGAGCAAGCCCGUCCGAAGCACGCUUUCAGCGUCCCUACACGGCUUCGAUCCUAUCGUCCACUUCCGAAGGCAGCUUGCUCAGCUACCAAAACAGCUUCGAGAGCGGCCUCAGCCCCCUUCUUUUGAACCGCGCUGCCACCUCAGGCAGGUUGCACGGCCGUUCCCAGCGACCUGCGACCGCCGGAAGCAUCACCGUCUCGGCUGCGCCACUCCGCGACCUCCACUUGCCGCGGCCCCAUCUUUCUGCCAGCUCAGGCCGCCCAGAGACCACCAAUCAGCUGUCCGCCGAGGAGCGGCGCCAGCAAGUGCGCCGCACCAAAAAGCUUGCGCAAAUGCUCGGCGAGGAGAUGCUCUUCGCCACAAAUGCUCACAGCCAGCAGCUCGAUCCCGCACCACGCUCUCACUCGCUUGUCGCAUCGCCGGCGGAUGGUCGCAGCCGAAAGCAUCGACCCCAGAGCAUGCCAUUCAGCGCCACCGGACACGUCGACGCUCCAGGCACGUUUGCGUCAAACGCAGGAAGCAAGACGCGCGCCUUCUCUCGCAAGCUGCUUCACAGUCGAACGCACGGUGUCAAGAGCUGGGAUCACGCUAGCUCUGGUCUCAAUCAGAAUGCAGUGUAUCUCAACCUCAACCGAAAGGCCGCCGACGUCCUUGGGAUCCCCCAUCCCUACUCGUCGAACGCACGAGCGAACGUUUACGCUGGAGAUACCUUUUCAAGCGACGAAGAGCUAAAUCGCGUCGAAGAAAUCCGCUCUCACACGCGUCCCUUCGUUCCCUCGGGCUUGGAGGAAUUCAACGAACCCACACCGAAAGUUGACCAGCUCGCGGCCUUUUCAGCUGCUGCGCUCGAUGAAGCCGCUUCACCUACUCUGCCUCAGGACGGCCCAUUCCGACCCUUUGAUCGCUCCGAGAUCGACCAGGCUCUGGCCGUUUCCGAGAGCCGCAAGUUGGCGGCUGCCCGCGAUGAGCGACGACGUCGUGUGGCCAAAAUGUCGCGCUGGCUGGGCGAGGCCGUGCCUGCAGAGCUCAUCUCGUCGGGCACUAAGGCAGGUCCCGGCGCGGUCAUCGUCAGCACUGGACCAUCCGAUCCGGCCAGGUUUGGCUCUCCGGCGACUACGACCAGCGACGCUCAUAGCCUGUGCGGCGCCCCGUCUUCGUCAGCGUGUCAACCCUCAUCCCGCAGCCAUGGCUCCAUCUCGCACGAGAGCUCGGUUGCUUCCAACUUGCACUCGUUCAUGUCAAUCGACAGCUCGGACGAGGAGUCUGGUGACGACGCUGCGCCUACCAUUGCCACUGGUCGUGUCUUGACAGACGUGCGCUUGGUUGCCUCUUCGCCCCGUAGCAGGGCUUCAGAAAGAGUCGCUGCUUCCGAUAGUCUUUCGACUUACCGUAACUCGAUCGAGAGCUACGAGUACCUCCUCGAAAACGACCGAAGGCGACUGGGAGAGCUUGCCUCCAUCUUCCAGCACGGCCGGUCAGCUCCUCGACCGUCUACGGUGGACACCAUCAGCGCAAGGAGUCGUCCGAUCCGUCCCAAUGGACGACCGCAGACGUCGCCCGUGACGGGCUCGAUGCCAGAUGGCAGGAGGCGAGGCUUCCAGUCGCUCGGCCACGCGGACUACGAGUCGGAUGAACGACCUCCUCGGCCGUCAGCGGCGUUCUUGGAGCUCUCGGACUCCGAAAGCGACAGCAGCGAAGCCGAUGAGCUGCCCGAGAGCGACGAUGCGUCGAGCUUUCCCACGUCGCGCCGACAGAGGGCGGCCCACUUGCACGAUCGCUCCAUCUCGAAGCUGUCCAACUUCUUCGGCUCGACGCCUUCGCAGAUCGUCAGAUCGCAGAGCGACAUGCGAGUUGCAACCUCGAGUGUCGACUCGGUCUCGACCGUGGGCAAUGGGUCGUUGAAUUCCAGGCCCGCGCGCGGCGGCAACGGCAUGCGCAGCCUGUCGCAGCCGGAAGCGCUCAAGACCAUGCUCCGCUCGCUCGAGGAGGAGGCCAUGGACGACUCGAAGCUCAACCCCUUCCAGAAAUCCGAGAUCUCGAGGAGGGUGCAUCGGCUCAAGAAACGCACAACAAAGAUCUUCAGCUGA